CACCCUUGCUUGGAGAACAACUCCAUUUAAAACAGAUACGAAUAUCAAUUGAAAUACUUGCCUCAACAAGUAUCAUUUCCAAGGAACACAGAGCCUGAAUAAUACAUUCAAUUCAAUUGGAAGGACAUCAUGGAUGAUGAAAUCGAAAAGUUCGACAAGUAUCCCUUCCUGGAGAGUUGCCUGCUGAAGCACAAGGAGCUGGGAAAGAGGCAGCGGGCUUACGUGAAUAUCGUGUGCACCAAGUUGCAGUCCCGGAACAAUGCCAUCGUCGAUGCCAGCUAUUUGAGAUCGAUCGAGCAGCUGAAGGAGGAGAAGGACGAGCUGAAGGCCAAUAUCUUCGUGGCCGACAGUGUUUCGUAUAGGAAGAUCAAUAACCGUUUUCUGGCCCAGAUUCGUUGUCACGUUGAGUGCCAGGAGAACCUCUACGAUGAUAUUCAGUUCAUGAAGACAUCAAUCACCAACAUGGAGGUACAGAUCGGCCGCAUGGCCCGUCUGUUGUAUAGCCUGAAUAUGAAGACCAUACCCGACGACCGGCAUAUUGCCUAUGUUCAGAAGCAGCGAAAGCGGAUGGAGAUCCUGAACAACAACCUGGAGGUGGGAAUACGCCAGGAGGGCGCCUUCACGGCUAUGAAUGCCAGGCUGAGGGAGAAGCUGAUCUGCAUCCUCAAUAUCCGAGCCUUCUUCAACCAAUCCUUCAGUAAGCUGGUCAAGAAGCUGAACAGCGACAAGAAGUACAUGCUCGACCUGAUCGAAUACGCCCUCACCACGUUCGACGGCUGCAUCGAGGUCUAUGAGAAGUUCGACAUGUUGCGAAGGAGGAAUGCCCGGGAGGGGCUGAACGCCCGCCUGGAGAUGCAGGGGGUGCACCGCAACAUGGCAGCCGACAUGGACACAUCGACCUUCAUUGCGUGCAAGGGCAAGGGCCGGGAACUGGCCGAUCUCCAGCCCAAGGAGUACAAGCGGCGGGAGAAGUUCCGGGAGAAGAACCGCAAGAAGGUCGAUCUGUACAGCUCCAUUAUUCGGAAGAUCAAGCAGUUCACAAACUCCAAGAAGGUCGACGAGGUCAUCGAAAAGUUCAACGACCAGGAGAGCCUCUACUACUCCUACUUCAACUACAACAACGAGAUGAGCUACCACGUGACUUUGCUCAACAACUCCGUCAAUCGCCUCUACAAGGACAUAGUCGAUCUUAGAAGUGAGAAGAACGACACGCUCCAAAGCCAGCUGGAUGAGAUCGCCAGCCUGGAGGGCGAGGUGCGCGAUCAGGAGGAGGAAAACAUGGGCAUCCAGACGAUCCGGCGCCAGAACGACAGCAGCAUGGAGGGUCUGCUUCAGGGCGUGGAGAACAUAUGCGACAUGUGCCGGGUGGACCGCGGUCCCCUGGCCCCAAUGCUGGGCAGCCACGCCCACGUCAACCUGGUCAACCUUCAGCGCUUCCUGAAGCUGCUAGAGUCGCGGGUCUACCAUCUGGUGGCCAGUGUCUACACCAAAGAGCGAGAAUCGAAGAACCCGGCCCACACGUACGUGGUCAGGGAGGUGUUCAAGACGUGCGACCACCUCACCCCUCUGGACGACAUAAUGAUCACCCAACAGUGCGCGGAGUGCGCCGAAACGGACGCCCAGAACAUAGACGAGGGCGGCGACAUCUCUUACCCACACACCAUAAAGGAGGCCAAGAAGAAGCUCUACGAGAAGAUCACCCAACCGGAGAUCCAGUACCGUCUCCACAGCAUCAGCCAGUGCCGACUGCCCCACUCGCGUCUGCUGUCCAACAAGCGCAACGCCUAAUCUCUGUCUUCGGUGGGACCUUCUAUUAAUGUUGUUUUUCCGCAAGGCUAUUCUAUCUUUUUCUUAGUCUUUAAUGAUCAGGCUUUAUCUCGACAAUUAUUUAACCUUUUAUACUCUUAUCCAAAAUUGUAAUUCUCCUGAGGCUCCCAACCACAACCGAGUUGGCGGGACAACCUUGAGGUGGGAAGCCGGAUUUUGUAUCGAUUUUCUUAGGAUUUCUAUGUAAAGAUAAUUGCACAAACAUAAAGCCAACAUCAAAAGUAUUUUGGCUAAAACAAAUAUUCAAAUUAACAACUAAAUUUAUGUUCAGAUCAGAUAGAUUGAAAAAUAAAAAAAAAAUUGUAUGUGAA